AUGUACGGCCGUCAGCUAAGCGUCACGCAGCCUGCUUCCGUCAAGCAUAGCGUUUCCCGUCGGUUGCUCCAAGUCCCUGACGAAGACGGCGACGGUUCGGGCGAUUCUGGCGGGGAUGGCGGAGAUGCGUUGGAAGGCUCGCGGAAGAAGCGCAAGGGAAAGAAGAAGAAGAAAAAAGCUCGCAAGAGCAAGAAGUCGGGGAGCAAGUCGAGCAAGAAGGCGAAGCUUCGUCGACAGAACGCAAUGCCGCGAAGGUCCGAGGAACUUCAGCAGGUGAUUAAGGAGGUGACGUCACAGCUGGGGGAGAACGAAGAGGGGGGAGAUCGUGUCGCGCGUAGUGCGGAUAGCGACGAGGAGGCUCGCGGAGGGGGACGGGAAGAGGGAAAUGACGGGGGAAACGCUGAAGCGAACGCGGAGAUGAAUGCGGUGAUGAACGCGGAGAGGGACGAUGAAGAGACGCCUUCACGAGCGCGCGAAAGCGUAGCGGAUGAAAGGGGUGGCGGAGGAGAACCCGCGGAGGGCGCGGAACACGAGGAAGGCGGAGAGUUGGCGGGCGAGGCGGAGGAGAGGCGAGAGAAAACUGCUGCUGCUGCUGCUGCUGCUGCUACGGAGGAGGAGGAGGAAGAGGAGGCUGAGAUCGGGGAAGGCAAGCGCGGAAAUGUAGUCCCCCCCGCGGAUGACGACGAAGUGGCGGAGCGGAAGGCGGAAACGGCGGACGCGGCGGAAGACGAUGCCGGCGAUGGGGAAAAUGCACGGGGAGCGGAGGGAGAUGGGGAGGGGGAGACUGGGGAGGAGGCGAAUAGGCAGAGGAAGGCGAGGAAUGCUGAUCGCGAGGAGGGAGAGGGAGAGGGGGAGGGGGAGGGGGAUGGGGAGGGGGACGGCGAGGGGCGGCGCGUGAAGAAAGAGAGUCAGGCGAUUCCGGAGGCAGACGAUGGCCCACGCGCGGAAAAGGAGGAGGGUGACGUGGAAGGGGGGGAUGAUGACGUGUCGAAGCGGACAGCCGAGAGUGAAGAUUUGCUUAUGGAAUCUAAGGGGAAGCGGGGGACUAAGGGGGGAGAUGCGGAGGAAGGGGGGGAUGACUACGGGGGCGACGAGCGGAAGGAGGGGAAGAGGGGAAAGCGAGAUGAUGAGAAUCAGGUGCAGCGAGAAGAACGGGCAGAAGCAGCGGAGUUAGAUGGAAAGUCCGAUGCUGCUGCUGACGCUGCCAACACAGGCAACACAGCCGAUGCAGGCGGGGCAGGUGGGGGAGGAGCAGGUGGAGCAGCAGGUGCAGCAGGGAUGGAGGAGGAGAUGGAUUCGGCUGCAGUGACGCCAGGGCAGGACGAGAUGAUUCCCGGAUCAGGUGCGACUGACCGCAGCACCAGCAGUGGGAACGGUGCAGAUGGAGGUUCGGAGGGAGGCUCGGAGGGAGGCUCGGAGGCGAUUACCGGGGCGGGGGUGGGCGGCGAUGUGUUCGGGCGGGCGGGGGAAGGGAACACAGGCGGGGAGGAGGGCGUGAGGGCAGGGGAGGGGAGCAUGGAUACGGGGGAAGGGGGGGGCAUGGUUGUGCGUGACGGGGGGAGCAUGGGUGCGGUGGUGAGCGAGGAGGAGAUGGAGAUUCUGAAGCACCUGCAGGAGGACGUGGCGGUGAGGAUGAGUGAGGAGGAGCAGAUGGAGCUGGAGGCAGGGGCCGUAGCGGAUGCUGAUGCCCACUCGUCCUACAUGCAGGAGGUCAUGGGGAUCAGACGGAACUUUAAACCGACACUUAUGGGCGUGAAGGACAAGGCGAGCAAGCACGUGCUGCCGCACAUAUCCCAGAUCGCCCGCACAUCCCGCCUGGCCUUCCUCAAGACCAGCUCCCACCUCACCUCCCAGAUCACGCCCUACUUCGGCUCCUCCUCCCCGCUCCUCGCCACCCUCCUCUCCUACCUCCUCCUCCUCCUCCCCCUCGUGCUCGUCAUCGGUCUCUUUGUUCGCAUGCGAGCAGCUCUUUCUCUUCGCCGCAUCGUGCACCUCGCGAACCUCUACCUGUUCCUGUACUGCUUUGUUCUCCUUGUGGCGUGCUUCGUUAUAAGCGCGGAGCCGAUGGCGAGUUUGAAGAAGGUCGCGGAGCAUAACUACUUUGUGCUGCAGCUGCUGCAGGGGGCGGGCUACCUCUGCUACCUCGCGCUUCAGGGUCUUUCCCUGUGUGUCACCAUUCGCUCGUCGGAGAGAGCGCAGGGCAAGUUCAUUCGCCUGCGCGCAGUGCUGCAGCUGCUGGUGGCCCUGGGUGUGGGUCUGCACUCCUACGUCACUAUCUUUGAACGUGCCAUGCUCGACCUGCCCCCGAAUGCCUCUGCUGGCACGUAUGCGGCUUAUGCGUGCUGCUUCUUCUUCCUUGUGCUUAUAUCGAGGGGCCCCAAGCGGCACGAGGAUAAGGACAAGUAG